AUGGCCACUUCAACGUCUGACGUGGCCUACCCAACUGUCCCCGAUGACUGCUUGUUGUUGGAGGAGGGUGUCCCUGUCCCGAUUCGGAGAGAAGUGUAUGAUAACGGUCGAAUAUUCGACAUCAGCCACAAGUACGUUCCCGACAUGCCGAGUUUCGGCGUGGAGGACGGGCUUGGCGAGUUCCUGUGGCUCGGCCUCAGCAUGAAGAACGGCUCACUGGUCAACGUGUCUAUGAUGAAGUUCAGUGUCCACUCCGGCACGCACGUGGACGCCCCUGGUCACGUGUUCGACCAUUUCUAUGAUGCUGGGUUUGACGUUGAUACGCUUGACCUUCAAGUGUUAAAUGGUCCUGCGCUGGUGGUUGAUGUUCCCAGGGAUAAGAACAUAACUGCUGAAGUUAUGAAGGCUUUGAAUAUUCCUAGAGGAGCACGUCGUGUGCUUUUCAGAACAUCAAAUACAGACAGGAAGCUUAUGUGGAAGAAGGAAUUUGACACAAGUUAUGUUGGAUUUAUGAAGGAUGGGGCAAAAUGGUUAGUGGAGAACACAGACAUCAAACUCGUAGGACUUGAUUACUUAAACGUUGCUGCUUGGGAUGAAGGAGUUCCAACUCAUCAUGUUUUUCUAGAACGCAGGGAGGUCAUUCUUCUGGAGGGUUUAAAGCUUGAUGGCGUUCCAGCAGGAAUAUACUCUGUUCAUUGCUUGCCCUUAAGGUUGAUCGGUGCUGAUGGAUCACCAACAAGAUGCAUUCUCAUCAAAUGA